GUAUCCGUCCCUACAAGUGUGAGCUGUGUGAGAAAGCCUUCACACAGCGCUGCUCUCUGGAGUCCCACAUGAGGAAGAUCCACGGCGUUCACCAGCAGUACGCCUACCGCCAGAGACGCUCCAAGAUCUUUGUGUGUGAGGAUUGUGGGUACACAUCAAGCCGUCCUGAUGAGUACUUCCUGCAUGUGAGGCAGUGCCACCCCGGCAGUCCCGCCCUCCGCAGGUACUACCGCCGCCAGGCCCACGAGAACAGCAGCUUUGCCUCAGCAGAGCAUAAACUCAACCCCUAUCUGCUGUACUCGAGCCCUGCAUACUACAUGGACGGAGCAUUCUGACUCUCA